AUGACGUCCUACCAGAGCCCCAUCUUCACUUUCAGCCAAUCAGACGUCACUUCCAGCUCCAUCUCGGCCAAUCCCGUCACAAAGGAGUCCAAGCCAGGAAGUGGCGCUCCGCCUCGCCCCCCCCGGCCUCACGAACGCCAUCUCCACCCCCCCCACAGCCCCAAGACCCACCCCCUCCCCCCCAAGACCCCCUGCAGCCGGCUGCACCCCAACAAGUCCCUCCCCCUGCACCCCCCCUGCUCCCCCUCCCCCUCGCCCCUGCACUCCCCCCUCCCUCGUUUCUUCUUCUUCCCCUCCUCUUCCUCCAUCCUCAAGUCGGUGACUAAGGGCCUGUGUCCCCCCUCUGCCCCCCCCUCGCAGGUGACCCCCCAGGGCUCGCCCCUCCCCACCCCCCUGGGCACCCCCCAGCACCACCCCCACCCCCACCACCCCUCCUCCUCCAACCCCCCCUCCUCCUCCUCCUCCUCCUCCUCCUCGCGGGCAGAAGGGGGCGGGGGCGUGGGCUCGCUGUCCCUGACCCCGCCCAGCAGCCCCGGGGGGGGCGGCGGCCUGGCUGCCAGUAGCUCCGCCCACUGGAGGACACGCCUCAACUCCUUCAAGAACAACCUGCUGGGAUCGCCGCGCUUCCACCGCCGCAAGAUGCAGGUUCCAACAUCGGAGGAUAUGUCCAGUCUGACACCAGAGUCCAGCCCAGAACUGGCUAAGCGGUCAUGGUUCGGGAACUUCAUCAGUUUGGAGAAAGAGGAGCAGAUGUUUGUGGUGAUCAGAGACAAACCACUGAGCUCCGUCAAGGCUGACAUCGUCCACGCCUUCCUGUCUAUCCCGGCCCUCAGCCACAGCGUUCUCUCCCAGACCUGCUUCAGGGCCGAGUACAAGUCCUCCGGGGGUCCCGCCGUCUUCCAGAAACCCGUCAAGUUCCAGGUGGACAUCACCUUCUCCGAGGGAGAGAGGGAGAGAGAGCGGGAGAGGGGGGAGAGAGAGGGCAGGAGGGACUCGGGCAUCUACAGCGUGACCUUCACUCUCAUAUCAGGUCCCAGCCGCAGGUUCAAGAGAAUAGUGGAGACCAUCCAGGCUCAACUCCUCAGCUACCAUGAUCAACCAAUGGUCCACACUCUCUCUGAUGAGAAGAACGGCCGCCCCCACGGCACGCCCACCCGGCAGAACUCCCGGCGCUCGGAGGGGGGCGGGGACCGCUGUGAUUGGGGGGACCGCGGCGAGGGGGGUGUGAUCGGGGGCAGCGGGGGGGUCCUGCAGCGGCGGGGGUCUGCGAAGGAGAGGACACGCCUGCUUUCGUCCAACGGAACGCAGUCUCAGCCCUAG